AUGAGGAUCCAGUUCGCGCCUCUCAACGUCCCGCUGGCGCGGCGGCUGCAGACGGCCGCCGUGCUGCUGUGGGUAUUGACCUUCCUGGUAAUCGCACAGGUGUGCGUUGUAAUCUUUGUGAUCCUGAUAUUCUACAAUUACUGGUUCCUCUACAUCCCUUACUUGACGUGGAUGUACUUUGACUGGCAUACACCAGAGCAAGGAGGCAGGAGGUCCAACUGGGUCAGAAGCUGGACCGUGUGGAAGUACUUCAAUGAGUACUUUCCAAUUCAUCUCAUCAAAACUUGGGACCUGGAUCCCAGCCAUAACUAUAUAUUUGGGUUUCACCCUCAUGGCGUGCUUGUUGCUGGAGCCUAUGGAAUUUUUUGUACCAAUUACUCAGACCUUGAGAAGCUGUUCCCUGACUUCACGGUGUAUCUUCACAUGAUGCCAUACUGGUUCAGGUAUCCCAUCUUCCGAGAAUACAUGAUGAGUGUAGGUCCAGUCUCAGUUUCCGAGAGAAGUAUAUCACAUGUAUUGAGCAAGGAGGGAGGUAGAAAUAUCUCAGUCAUUGUUCUCGGGGGUGCAAAAGAAUCAUUAUAUGCCAAUCCUGGGAAUUUCACUCUGUACAUCCUCAGGCGGAAAGGAUUUGUUAAAAUGGCUUUGACCCAUGGUGCCCAUUUAGUCCCAGUGUUUUCUUUUGGGGAAAACGACGUGUUCAAACAAGUCAGCAACCCAAAAGGCUCUUGGCUCCGGACUGUGCAGGAUAAACUCCAGAGGAUCAUGGGGUUUGCUUUGCCCCUGUUCUAUGCCAGAGGGAUUUUUCAGUACAGUUUUGGCUUCCUUCCCUACCGGAGACCUAUCCACACUGUUGUUGGCCGUCCCAUCCCUGUUCAGCAGACGCAGAAUCCCAGCCAAGAGCAGAUUGAUGAGCUGCACCGGACCUAUCUGAAAGAACUCCGGAAGUUAUUUGAGGAGCACAAAGGGAAGUAUGGUAUUCCUGAGCACGAAACUCUCACUUUUCUAUAAAGACGCAUUAAGAAGAGAGACCAGAGGCUGAGAGAAUAAUAGCCUAUGAAAAGAAG